CCUCAAUCCCAUUAAUAUAAAGCCCUGAGGAACCCCCACAGACCGUGCACCAAGAAUUCAGUUCAGGUUCUCUGCAGAUGGGCGUCAGUAUCAUCUACUAGACAGCAGGAUGGAGACCACGCCCUUAAACUCCCAGAAGGAGCUGUCAGAGUAUAAGGAUGGAGAAGACUGUCAGGAAAAUGGAGUUCUACGGAAGGGUGUCCCUGCCUCUGGGGAGAAAGUGGAGUCCAGCCAGAUCACCAAUGGGUACUCAGCGGUACCGAGCCCCAGUGCAGGAGAUGACACUCAGCACUCCACCCCGGCUGCCACCACCGCCCUAGUGGCGGAGGUUCACCAAGGGGGACGGGAGACCUGGAGCAAGAAGAUGGAUUUCCUCCUGUCGGUCAUUGGCUAUGCUGUGGACCUGGGCAAUGUCUGGCGCUUUCCCUACAUUUGUUACCAGAAUGGAGGGGGGGCAUUCCUCCUCCCCUACACCAUCAUGGCCAUCUUUGGGGGCAUUCCACUCUUCUACAUGGAGCUUGCGCUGGGCCAGUACCACCGAAACGGAUGCAUUUCAAUAUGGAGGAAAAUCUGCCCGAUUUUCAAAGGGAUCGGCUACGCCAUCUGCAUCAUUGCCUUUUACAUCGCCUCCUACUACAACACCAUCAUGGCCUGGGCGCUCUACUACCUCAUCUCCUCGCUCACCGACCAGCUGCCCUGGACCAGCUGCAAGAACUCCUGGAACACUGGCAACUGCACCAACUACUUCUCAGGGGACAACAUCACCUGGACACUCCACUCCACGUCCCCUGCAGAGGAAUUUUACACGCGCCAUGUCCUGCAGAUCCACCGGUCUAAGGGACUCCAGGACCUGGGGGGCAUCAGCUGGCAGCUUGUCCUCUGCAUCAUGCUGAUCUUCACUGUUAUCUACUUUAGCAUCUGGAAAGGAGUCAAAACAUCUGGCAAGGUGGUAUGGGUGACAGCCACCUUCCCUUAUGUCAUCCUUUUGAUCCUGCUGGUGAGGGGGGCCACCCUCCCUGGAGCCUGGAGGGGUGUUCUUUUCUACUUGGAACCCAGCUGGCAGAAACUCCUGGAGACAGGGGUGUGGGUGGAUGCUGCUGCUCAGAUCUUCUUCUCUCUUGGUCCUGGCUUUGGGGUCCUACUGGCUUUUGCUAGUUAUAACAAAUUCAACAACAACUGUUAUCAAGACGCCCUGGUGACCAGCCUGGUGAACUGCAUGACCAGCUUCGUUUCAGGAUUUGUCAUUUUCACGGUGCUUGGCUAUAUGGCCGAGAUGAGGAAGGAAGACGUGUCCGAGGUGGCCAAAGACGCAGGCCCCAGCCUCCUCUUCAUCACGUACGCGGAGGCCAUCGCCAACAUGCCGGCGGCCACGUUCUUCGCUAUCAUCUUUUUCCUGAUGUUGAUCACCCUGGGCUUGGAUAGCACGUUUGCAGGCUUGGAGGGGGUGAUCACAGCCUUGCUGGACGAGUUUCCGCACAUCUGGUCCAAGCGGAGGGAGUGGUUAGUGCUCGGUGUGGUCGUUGCCAGCUUCUUCGGGUCCCUGGUCACACUGACUUUUGGCGGGGCCUACGUGGUGAAGCUGCUGGAGGAGUAUGCGACGGGGCCUGCGGUGCUCACCGUGGCCCUCAUAGAGGCCAUGGCUGUGUAUUGGUUCUACGGCAUCACUCAGUUCUGCAGCGACGUGAAGGAGAUGCUGGGCUUCAGCCCUGGAUGGUUUUGGAGGAUCUGCUGGGUGGCCAUCAGUCCUCUCUUUCUCCUGUUCAUCAUUUGCAGUUUUUUGAUGAGCCCGCCGCAGCUGCGACUUUUCCAGUAUAAUUAUCCUCACUGGAGUAUCAUCCUGGGCUACUGCAUAGGAACCUCGUCUUUCAUCUGCAUCCCCACGUAUAUAGCCUACCGGCUGAUCACCACUCCAGGGACACUGAAGGAGCGUAUUAUUAAAAGUGUCACCCCAGAAACACCAACAGAAAUUCCCUGUGGGGACAUCCGCUUGAAUGCCGUUUAAAACGCUUCAACCAGAGGAAAGUGGCUUCCCAACAACCUCUUCCUCCAGCUCUGACAAGUCGCACGCCUUCUCCCUCCGAGUGAAUGCGUUUCCGUCUUAGCCUGACGGCGGAAGGGCCUUCUGCACAGGGACCCAGCCCCAGAAGGCUGCGGGGCCCAGACUCUCGCGGCCUCCAGCCCCUACUUUCCGUGAUAUCUCCCGGACAUAGUCCCACGUUAGACUCGGUGAUGCAGCCGAACGGGACGAUUUUGGAUGCGUGAGGGUGUGUAUGGAGGUGACGAAAACCACCAUGUAAUCAGUUAGGAUUAGGUUUAGCAUCAAGCCUGUGAACGUCUCCUGUAUCAUUUCGCAUUAUGAUCACUGGUAUCUGACAUCUGUUUACGUCCACAGUUUUCAUUGUUCAUGGAUGUAUAAACCAUGUAGGAGAAAGCGGGGUGCUGUCUUGCUAGCCAUAUAUUUUCUGAGUAGCAUAGAAUUCCAUAGCUGGAUCUACUAGACCCCUGUAACCCAUGUGCUGCUUUGGAGUCAGGCGAGGAAAAUAUAAGAAACUAAGCUGAAAAACAAUGUGUACGUGUGAGCAUGCGUGUCUUUGUGUACUGUUGUUUCAGUGUAUCUUUAUCUUCAUUCCGAUACCUUGGGCCCAUUACAAACUAUGCAUUUCCUCUCAUUUGUCUUACAUUAACCAGUUCCACCUACUCCAGUGUGGAUGUAUGUUAUUACUUGAAGAGCGUAAUUACUACAGCAUGCUCUGCCACCAUCUCCUUUUCCAGGGACACUUGAGCCCGCACACCCUUCUUCAUGGGCCAGCCUUUGGCAUUUGCUGGACUUGACUGUCAUCUUCCUGUCUCUCUCUGCUAAACAUUUAGGAUAAAGUUCCACAAGCAAAUCUGGCUUAUUUCAGGAGUCUCUGGGACUGGCCAUGAACUACUUUGAAGGUGGAUAUUGACAAACGCAUCUUGGGUGUUCAGCUGGCCAUCUCACUUAAGCUCCGUAUGCUUCACGUGGCUUGAGUCUGACCGCUGAGACCGUUGAGGUUACUUUGCUUUGUGAAGACAGGAUACAGUUCUCACUAACAGGGUACAUAGAUUUGGCGCCCUGACCUAAACCUAGGACAUCCUCAAUCCAAAAGUAAUUAAGCGCCUGGGACAGCCUUAAGUGGAACGCUCCCCCCACCCCCAGCCCCUGGACUCUUCCUGGUCGACCACCAGGAUUGUGAACCCUCCAGAUAAUUUUCAAGAUUGAGUCUAAGGAAGGCUUACUGGAAAAGGGUCAGUUACAUGAAUAACCUUUCAAAUUCCACACAUAGCCCUUAGCACAGAUCAAGUAAAUUUGACCUUGGGUGGCUUACGGCUCCCAGGUGCAUGGGUAGAGAAGCCAGUUUUGCCUUGUGUGAGAUUUCCUUAUCAAAACCUUACAAGGGAACCAACGCCUAGUCAAAGAUAAACCAACUCAGUUAUCUAGCUCUGUGUCACUUCAGUCCUAUAUAUAAAUCAAAUUUAAUUCUAACAGCCUCAUAGAAAGAUCUACGUAGCAGAGGCCGCGUUUUAUUCAUUUAUAGUUCCUCCUCCCUGGCCCUCCUCUUGUAUUCAUUCCCCCUGCAUCCUUCUAUUUCUGAUUCUUUGCCUUUCCCAGCCGGGUAUUUUCCUUAUAGGUGAUGGUGGCUGAGUUUCCUGAAAUAUUACAGGAAAAGAGAAGGGGGAUUAAAAAAAUAUUCCGUAGUGACCUACCUUCACGAUCUCCACUCUUCCAUUCCCCCUUGCUGCCUCACUCCCAUCCUCUCUGCCUUGCAGCGUGCUGAAAGAGCAGCGGAGUCAGUGGCCAACAGCUUUGCAAAUUUUAAGACCUUGCUUUAUAAAGAUAUUGGGAUAUGGAUUCUCCCCAUCCCACACCCACUUAUGCAUUCUCCAAAGAUAACGUUUUCAAAAAGCACCUUUUCAAACAGAAUUAGAAUUUUGCUAAGACAGGUGUUAAAGGAAUUAUAUAGUUGUUUUGGAAAGUUUUCAAACUUCACUAGACAAAAAAAUAAAAAUAAAAAAAUCCCAAAUCUC